UUAUUUUCUCCGGCUUGAAGUCCAAAUUACCCCACGCCGGCUACUCAUUUCUCAAUUGCGGCCAAUUGGUUUGACUCGGGCAAGCUCAACCUACACAUCCACACAAUAUCAACACCUCCCACCCUUCUCCAGGAAAAAAAAGAAGACCGACUUGCAGAAGUCCCUCACCAACACCGCCAUCAUGACCAUCCCCGUCAACACGAUCUCGACCCUCCGCACAACCUUCAACCCCUUCUCCCGCUCCGCCCGUCCCUGCAGACUUCUCCUCUCUCUGCUCCGCACCCCCUCGACCGUCCCGGCCUCCAGCGGCACGCACAUCGAUAUCAAGGUCACCCAGCUGCCGCGCCACUCAACGCAACCGCCGGAGCUGAUGGUCAAGUUCAAGAACGGCAAGGAGUUGAACAUCGACGUGGGCCAGCGACAGCUGAAGAUCGGCGAUGUCAUUGAGGAGAUUGCGCGUGUGGGCCGAGCCAUUGAGAGAGAGGAGACGUUGAAGGGUUGAGUGCGCGUCAUUGCGGACGAUUUGGGCUGGGUUGGUUUGGAUUUUUGUUUGUUCCUUCAGCUGCAUAGAUGUUGCUUGGGGUGUGGCGUGGGUGGGUGUCUGCAGCGGCGCAGUGAGAGAGGUACCUAGAGAUCGGGUUGGUUCCGGUGCUACUGCUCAGGAAACCCGGAUGUUGGUCUUGAGAGGGAUUGAUUGAUUGACUGAUGUGUUGGUCUGUCAACCUGUACUAUCAUGUUUUUGUAUGUGUAUGUGUAUGUGUAUAUAUUAGCCAUUGAGUGAUACUCCAUCUUCUACAAUGCUUAUUCGCGUC